UUAGCGGCUGGCGCUGCGCGAGGCAUCCUGGGAAGCACAGUCCACGCGCACGGCUCCCCCACCAGAAGGCCUCGUUCUUCCUUUGUAGAACUGCAAUUCCCGGUAUGCCUCGCGGCACAGCGAGCCCCCGCGCGGUGCACCACGGGACUCGUAGUCUUCCCAAGCGCUCGGCGAACCUGGCUAGGGUCUCCAGGGGAACCACAGUUCCCAGCGUGCCCCGCGUGGAAGGGCAGGCGUCAGCGCCGCCGCGGCGGCCGGGCGAGCGAAUCAGAGCCGGCAAAACAAAACUGCCGGGUUUGAAAUCCUCCGCCUCCCCCUGCGCCAUCGUCCUCGGCGUGACGGGCCAGAGCCAGGCGCGUCCGACCUGCACACGGCGGCACCGCGCGCAGUUCUUGGAGGUUGGUGAAGUGGAGAAAAUGGCAUCCGAGGACAUUACUAAGCUAGCGGAGUCACUUGCCAAAGCCCAAGUGGGUGGAGGGCAGCUGAGCUUCAAAGGAAAGAGCCUAAAACUCAACACCGCCGAAGAUGCCAAAGCGGUGUCUAAGGAAAUUGAGGAAUUUGAUGGCUUGGAAGCCCUGCGCCUGGAAGGCAACACCGUGGGUGUGGAGGCAGCAAAGGUCAUUGCCAAAGCCCUGGAGAAGAAAGCUGAACUCAAGAGGUGUCACUGGAGUGACAUGUUCACAGGGAGAUUGAGGUCUGAGAUCCCUUUUGCUCUGACUGCCCUGGGGGAGGCCCUUAUCACCGCAGGUUCCCAGCUGGUGGAGCUGGACCUGAGUGACAAUGCCUUUGGGCCAGAUGGCGUGCGUGGCUUUGAGGCACUGCUGAAGAGUCCUGCCUGCUUCACUUUGCAGGAACUCAAGUUGAACAACUGUGGCAUGGGCAUUGGAGGCGGUAAGAUCUUAGCAGCUGCCCUGAAAGAGUGUCACAGGAAGUCAAGUGCUGUGGGCAAACCUCUGGCUUUGAAAGUAUUCGUGGCUGGCAGGAACCGCCUGGAGAAUGAUGGUGCCACUGCACUGGCUGAGGCAUUUGGGCUCAUCGGGACACUGGAAGAGGUCCAUAUGCCACAGAAUGGAAUCAACCAUCCUGGCAUUACAGCUCUGGCCCAGGCCUUUGCUGCCAACCCUUUGCUGAGGGUUAUCAAUCUGAACGACAACACCUUCACAGAGAAGGGGGCUGUGGCCAUGGCAGAGACGCUGAAGACUCUCCGACAGGUAGAAGUGAUUAACUUUGGAGACUGCCUGGUGCGCUCAAAGGGUGCCAUCGCCAUUGCUGAAGCAGUCAAAGAGGGGCUCCCUAAACUAAAGGAACUGAACUUGUCCUUCUGUGAAAUCAAACGAGAUGCUGCCCUGACUAUUGCAGAAGCUACUGAAGAUAAGUCUGAGUUGGAGAAACUGGAUCUCAAUGGUAAUGCUCUGGGGGAAGAAGGCUGUGAACAGCUCCAGGAGAUUCUUGAAGGUUUCAACAUGGCAGAUGUACUGGGGUCCCUGAGUGAUGACGAAGGGGAGGACGAAGAGGAUGAGGAUGACGAAGGGGAGGACGAAGAGGAUGAGGAUGACGAAGGAGAGGAUGACGAGGAGGAACAACAACAGCUGCAGGAGAGGGGGCAGGGAGAACAGGAAUCAUUGCCUUCUAAGAAGAUUCUUGACUCACAUGAAACUACUCCAGUGUCUCCUUCUCCUCCUGUGGAUGUUGCCACGUUCCUCGCCUUCCCAUCUCCAGAGAAACUGCUGCGACUAGGGCCCAAGUGCUCUGUUCUGAUAGCUCAACAGACAGACACAUCUGAUAUGGAGAAGGUGGUUACAGCUCUCCUGAAGAUCUCUUCUGUGUUCAAAGAUGAAACAACAGUGAAAACAGCAGUGUAUGAAACAACAGAUGCCUUGAUGAGAAAAGCCUUCACUUCUGCAACGUUUAAUUCUGAUGCAUUCAUCACCAGCCUGCUGAUCCACAUGGGCCUGCUCAAGAGUGAAGAGAAGAUCAAGGCUGUCCCAAGCCUCUAUGGCCCUCUGAUGACCCUGAACCAUAUGGUCCAGCAGGAUUAUUUCCCCAAAUCCCUGGCCCCAGUUCUCCUGGCCUUCGUGACAAAACCCAACCGUGCUUUGGAUUCCUGUUCCUUUGCCCGCCACAUGCUGCUGCAAACCCUCCACCAGCUGUAGUAGAAGCGCAGCUCUGCUCCUUCCCCCUCAUAGGACUUUUAUCAGCGAGAGCUCUUAGCCAGCUGGCAGGAGAGGAUGUCAGCGCCCAUGGAAACAUGCUGUCUGUCUCACGGGGAUGUCCAUCUUUCCUUCUGCUUUAACAAACUCGGAGGAAUCCUGCUGAUAUUU